UAGGACUUCAAAAUUUUAUUAAUUAUUCAAACCAAAGUAUAACUUUUAUUCAAACAAUUACAUUUGCAAAAUUAUAACAAAAAUCUCUACAAAUAAACUUUCCACUUAGAUAUGUCGACAAGUCGCAUAAAAUCUACACGCUCCGAAUUUGGUGACAUUCAAUGGAAUCUCAUGGAUGGUGGUGCAGGAAAAAUUGGCAAAGCUUCGGGUAUGAAAAUUGAGUAUACCAUGUCAGAUGAAAUAGAUUUUGCACAAAAACUUUCCAUAAUAAUGCGUAAACAAUUGAUGCGUCAGCUGUUGCUGGAUGAAAACAAUAUGUAUCAAAAGGAACUCAACUCUAUUGGACGUUUACAUUCACGUGACACCGUUUGUGAGGAGUUAAGGAAAUGUACCAUAGAGCAAGGAAUGAAACAACGAAAGUAUAUCAAUAGAGCUCAAGUGUCACAUCUGGGAAAGUUGUUUAAAGUUUUUGAUGAUUAGAAGAGAUGAGGAGAUGUCGAAAAUAUUUUUAAAUUUUUAUUAAAUUUUAAUCUUUCAUGAA